CAGGGGCGGACUGACAAAUCAUGGGGCCCCCGGGCAAUAGGGGAUCAUGGGGCCCCUGUGUCCUUGCCUAAACUCAAAAAAGCCUAUGAAAAAGGUACCAGGGGCAUCUCAUGGGGCCCCCUACUGACCCCAGGCCCUCGGGCAGUGCCCGAGUUUCCAUAUGGUCAGUCCGCCCCUGGGAGGUACUCAAGCGGGAUGCCAGGAGUGAAGAUCACAGAGUGUUUCACAUUUUUGCAUGGACUAUUUGAGUUUAUUCUGAAACACUGAGUCUAUUUAUAUAUUUUCUUCACUGAUUUAAGAAGCGAUUUAUUUUAUUCUAUUUUU